AUACAUUAUCCCACUUCGUCUCCCCGUUUGGUCGUUAUGAAUUUGUUUCUUCCCCAGAGAGUGUGAUAGCGGAGUAGAAGAAGGUAGUGCCCAAGAAACCAGUUACUGCAUUGGAACUUUGGAAGGCUGGAGUAUCUGAACAGUUUGCAAUAUGUAUGCAAGCAACAGAACAUUUUGAUUUAGAAUUACACAUUUUGCAACCAUUCCAUCGAAUGUUAAGAUGCAUAUGGUUGCGAAUUUUUCAAGACAGCAACUUUUUGUGCCUAGAAGUUCACAAAUUCUAAUAAGAAGGAAGCUUUACCUUGAAAAUCAUAACAUUUCCCAGCUGUCACUAUGGAGUGCCAAAGGGCUUGUUGCACCUCAUUCUACAAAAAUGAAGGGAUAUGUGAAUGAGGGAAGUUGUCAAAGGUGUUUUUGCUUUGGUUCUCUCUUUGAUCUUAGUGAUGUUGCAACUUCUGAUUGGGUCCCUACUAUGGACCAAAUGCUUCUAAUGACAAGUAUAUUCCUUACUUACAUGGCCGGUGUGAUUCCCUCAGAGAAGUCUCUAGCAAACACAGUAGAGAGAAUCUCAUAUGAUUAUGUCUUCCCUAAAGAGACGUCCCUUCCGGGUAGUACAAAGAAGAAUGAAGAAGACACUAAAUUGCAGUUUGUUUGGGAUGUAGUGGAAAGAAAACUUUCAAAUUCCCUGCUUGCCCUAAAACAGGGGAUGGAAUUAAGCAUUUCAGCCAAUGAAUAUGAACAGAACCGUACAAGACAGCUUUCUAGUUUGUCUGCCAUUGCUGAAGGUCCUAGGCUGCGUUUACUUUGGGCUUCUUUUCAGUUGCUCAAGAAAGAGGUUGAUAGUCUUUCUCAAAAAUUGGCUACUGAAAGCUUGGACAAGUUGGCACUUUUUACUGAAAUCAUUCAAAAAUCCAGCAAGCAAUUAUGUGUGACUUGGCUGGAGGAGGAGCUAUCAUUAGGAAAGAGCAACAUUGACAGAAUGUGUCUUUGUUCAAUGGUUGAUACGUUGGAUGAGGAUGGAGGUAUUUUGCAGAAUAUCAGAAAGUUGGGCAAGGAGGACCUUUAUGCAGAAUUGGUAUCUGUUAUUAAAUUUGGACUCAUCAGGAGUGGUGCCUAUUAUGACCAUAGCUUUUUCAAUGAGCAUGGGUUGGCCAUAUUAGAGGAUUUGGUGAUUACACUGGCAGAAGGGGCUGCAAGCAUGUAUUUGGAGCUUAUUUCAGUUGAUAGUAGAGUGUCAAAUGAAAUGAACAGUCUUGGUUUGAGUUUGUGUACUUUAUCUACCCGAGAACUACAGAAAUUGAGGAAUGAGGUGGCCAUGCACAGGUGGUUGCGUCAGAACAUGGAAGCAGUUGUAUCAAUGUAUGAAGACCGCUUUGACUUGAGCACAUUUGAAUGCCAACCCAUUGGGGAACGCGGUAAAAGAAAAGAUGAAAACCAUCAUUGGUGGAAAAAGCUUGGUGUGAUGAGAUCUGAAACUGUAGCAUCUCCCUUACAUGUUGCCUUUAUCUACCAAGUAUCUAUAGCUGUUAAGCGCACCAAAGAACUAAGGUCCCUAACUGGGUGGAGAUAUUACUUCAGUCUUUUCCUUGAAUUGUCUGAUAUCGCCAUGCCCAUGAUAAGAACCGUCAUAGCCAAGGUCAGCGAUGCAAUCUCAUUCUUUCUAGUUUGCUUGAUUGGGCGAUCUCUGGGACUCAUCUAUACUGGUAUAAGGCAAUCCCUUAGAUGGAGGUGAGAUAUGGAGUGCGCUUAUUCUUUCUACUAGUGACUGGAUCAUUUUCCUCGUCAUGCUGUACUCGCAAGAAAAUUUUGAUCAUUGUAUUCUCUUUAAUGAAAAUGUUUAGUCCUUAAACAACGCUUUGGCUAAAUGCUUAUGGAAAUAUCUUUCUGUUUAUAUUGAAGGGUAAAUAACUUGGCGAAACUUA